CUGCUCCGUACUCGAAAGGACAGCAUCAACACUCUUUAUCUCGAUUCACUGCUGGGUCUCGCUGUCGCAUAUAUAUCAAAAUGAAUAUGCUCAAAGAUCCAGCGGCAGGCGUGCCUCCACAACUGCUGCCUCAUCUCCAUUUACUUUCAAAGAAUCGAUACCCCGUCGCAAGCAACCCUUCCCUCGAAACCAUUGUUGGGUACCUUUUGGAGGCCCCAAAGGUGGUGCGCGAAAUUCAGCCGGUACAAUGGCAGAUGAUCGAAACUCCUCAAGAUGGUACCUUGAUGCUCACAUGGCAGCCGAAUGAAGCGUUGGAGACGACGUUCGCAAGUGAUGGAUACAUCUGGGCGGAUGCAGAACACAGAUUCACUUCUGAAGUCCGGGGUUAUACGCUCGAGAUUUUUGUGCAGAGAUCGGGUUAUCGAGCAUCCGGCGAAGCAAUGGCAUCUCACAGCAGAAAGCGUUAUCGACUUGUCGCGGGACCUGCCAACCAUGGAAACAUCGACCCCAGUCUGUGGCUUACGCACUAUUCCAAGGCUUCGUCUCGAGAUCAUAUUCCUGCAGCGUCCAUCCCCAUCACCCCAUUCGUCCAGGCGCAGAUUCAACAGAGACGAUUGAUUCAAAGCCAAGGACAACUACCCCGUAAAGAGUUCAUGUUGCACGAUCGUUCAAAUUGGCCCAUCAUUCAAAUGCCGACAGCAAUGGGACGAGGUGGCGUGCCGGGCCAAGCCAGGAGACCUGGGAGUGUUGGAGGAGAAGCCACGUUGGAAGAGGAAGAAGAUGUUUCCCGAGGGGAUUUGCUUGACUUUAUGACUCCGAGGGACAUCAGCCGAUAUCGUUACGAACAACAUCAUGAGUGGAUGGAGGAAAUUUUGGAGUCUCCGUACCCUACUCUGGCCAUUGUGCCCAGCGAUUUAGGACUUGGGCGAAAGGGAGCUCUGGAAGAAUUGACAAAAGACUUUUUCGAUGCUCCUUUGUCUGCAGCUCAUGAGCCAAACGCCGGGCCACCUGCACGAGUUGGUAAAUUGCCAGCAGGUCAAGUGGAAGAAUUCACCAACCGAGCGACCAAGAAACUGGCCGAGAUGCAAGAGGAGCUUGAGAAGAUGAAGAAGCGACACGCGCGAAGGAUGGCCAGACUACAGCAGUCGAUGGCUCUCGCAACUGCUGAAAAGAAAUUACGGACCGUGCCUGACGUGCCAGAACGGCGAAGUUCUACCAACAGCAAAGCCGACGGACCGGAAGAGACGCCUCGUGGUGCAAUUGAAGAAAUUGUACAUUCUGUCGAAGAAGGAACCGGGAUGAAGGUUGCACGGACCAGUGUUGUUACCGUUGUGUCUAAAGGCGGUCUCACAGAGAUCUCCAGGCCGGCACCUAGCACAUCGUCUGCAGCGCAAGCCACCAGCCCAGAGAAGGCUGCCGCUCCGCCUACAGAGAUGACAGAUGCACCACAGACACAGCAGCAGCAACAGCAACCGGAUCAAGUUCAAGGAGCAAAAGUUGACGCCAACGAUACGCCUAUCUCGGAGCCACCGCAACAGGAUGUCUCCGAAUCCAGUGCACCUUCUGAAGCUCGACCUCCGUUCGCCCAACAAGAGCCCGAGAAACAAGAGGACGCGAAGUCUGAAACGGUCGGUGGUGAUGUGGGGGCGGAUGACUUGGAAAUGGAUGUUCCCAUGGGAGGUCUUGAUAGUGCUGAGGGCAAUGGAAGUGGAAAUGAAAACCAAGACAGCAGUGAAUGGGUCAUGGUUGAUCAAGAAGGUAGUGGCGGUGGUGAUUCCGGUGGUGCCGAGGUGCCUGAGACUACGGAUGAGGCACCCACUCAACAGGAACAGACUACUACGGACAAUACCACGAAGCCGGCUGAACAGACAACUACUGUUCCACCUCCAGAACUUCCUGUACAGUCUGCCCAGAACAGUGGGCUAAGCACUCCUGGACUCAACACUCCUGAUUUCGACAUGGGUGGAGAUUUUGACAAUGUCGAAGUGGACACGGCUGGGGAUGCACUUGCAAGUUAUGACAACGACGGGGAUGAUUUGAAUUUGGACAAUAUGGAGGAUUCGGCGUUUGGGGAUGCAUUUCAUCCUCCGGAAGAUGAGGAUAUGUCUUGAGCAUGUAUACAUAGGUACGGAGCAAGUGUCUCGGUAGAUUAACCUCGAGGUCAGGUAAGGUGGGCAAUUUGCUUUUUGGAGCCGGGUGGUUGAGGUUUGCUACUUGAUCUGCCUCAGGUAGUAUGGAGUAUGAAUUUUACGCAAUGGUUCUCAGAUCUCGAUAACCUACUCCGUACCAAGGGGGGUUUGCUUUGCGUUGCAUUGUCUAGCGAAGCAAAGCAGUAUGGUAGGAAUUGGUGUGAAAAGCAGGUAGACAGAAUGCUGAGGUUCCAAAGGGCCACGUUGUA